AUGAGGAUCUUGGCAACUCUUGAGUAUGUAAAAAGGCUAGGAAACAGCAGCAAGGAGAAACAAAUCUGGAAGGGGGGGGGGCGAUUACUAUAUAACAAAGCAAAUAGAUGGCAUCACAGUCAUGAAUCUCUUCCUUCACGCCUCCUUAAGAGCAAAGAUUGCUUGUUUUACGAGCUACCUUGCUGCUUGCCCCCAGAUCCCCUCUUAUUUUUGUGUUGGUGUAUUUGCUUAUUUUUUUUAUUCAGGAGCAGAAACUCAGCGGCACCCGUGACGACUCAACCAUCUCCUGGUGGUGCUGCUUUGUCCAGCAUCAUCCCAGUUGUGGUACAUCCUGGAGGCAAGUGGUCUACUGGCUUGUUUGAUGUCUGCAGUGACAAGAGAGUUUGUGUGUGUGGUUUGCUGUGCGGCCCGUGUCUGGAAUGUAGCACUGCAAGUCGUUAUGGGGAGUGCUUUUGCUUUCCGCUACUGUUGGGAUCCACCUUAGGAUUAAGAGUUGGGACCAGAGAAAGAUACAAAAUACAUCGAACCCUGUGUGAAGACUGGAUGGCAGUUCACUGCUGCUGGCCUUUUGCAGUCUGUCAAGCAGCCCGAGAAAUGGAGAGGAGAUCUAUCUUUCAGAUCUAUGAAAUAAACUCAUCAUCUCCUCCUCCUCCUUCAGUCAAAGAUGCUCUCGUUUGAGAGAAAAAAUAUUUCAUAUGUGAAACUUCUUGGGUCAUG